AUGGCAGUAGGAAGCUCAUCAUUAAAGAUGGGAGAAGAGCAGGAGGAGGGGAGCAUCAAGUGGAGUGGGAAGGAGUACACGGUUAGAUUAUCCGGCGACGACACUCUGGGCGAGCUCAAGCGCCGAAUCUGCCAACUCACCACCAUCCUCCCCAAACGCCAAAAGCUUCUCUACCCCAAACUCCUCCCCUCCAAACUCGCCGACGACGCCGUUUUGCUCUCCUCUCUCCCUUUCAAGUCCUCUCUCAAAUUGACCAUGAUUGGUACUAUAGAGGAUGAUAUUAUCGUGGACCCCGUCGACUCUCCUGACAUUGUUGAUGACUUUGAGCUCGGCCAAGAUGAGGCUGUUGAUAUCAAAGAUAAUCAUCUCAAUAACCAGAAAUUGAGGAGGCAGAGGAUGGGGGAGGAUUUGAUCAUGAAAAGGCAGAUGUCUGCUGAUUCAAACAAUGUGACUGAUAACCAUCAUAGAACGGAUAGAGCUCAGACAAGAAAGCGUCUAUUUGAAGAUGUAAAGGGUCCGGAUGAUAUUUGGUGGCGCUUUACUGGCUUCUAUAGACAUCCGGAUAACGGGCAGAGACAUAUAACCUGGGACAUUCUCCGUUCUUUGGCUGGUGGUUCAUCUGAUAGAUGA